UACUUUGGAUUUACGUAGUACGCACAAAGUGUACAACCUACGGGAUGCCUUAGAAACAACUUCCGCAAUGUGUAUGUCCCAUUUUAAGUUGUUUUGAACAGUCACACCAAGCAAUUUAAUUGAAGUUGCACACCUGAGAUGUAUCGAAUUGAGAGAAACCGAAGUUUGAGGUACAUCGCGCUUCAAAAAAGAUAUCGUCAUUGGGUUAACGAUGUACAUGUACAUGAACACGACAAUGGGUCGGAUGGUAGCAGCGAGGGGUCUGGAUCAGACGAUGGCCCCGAUAAAAAUCGACAGCAACUAGGCUUGGCGGCCGGUGAUAGAAUAGUGAAAUGUGUACUGCUUUUGUGUCGUUUCAUCGUUUUGACCGAGGUGAUUUUCUCAGUCGUGGCUGUUGAUGCCACGUCGACGGGGUCACGCAACGCGAUUGACGGCCAAAGGAAACGACGCAAUGCCGCUGAGCAUGACGAGAACACCGUUGCACUACCAAGUUCGGAGUUUUUCGUCGAGGAAAUUGUCAACACUUUUGGUUCAAAUGGAAACAUGAAUCAGGAGCAAUUGCAGGUUUUGCUACAACGAGUCGGCGCUGAGUGCUUUACGUCAUGAGAACUGUUGAGCAUUCAUUCCUCCAGUGAGGAGCAAUUACUGAAUGAUACAGUAGACGUUAUAAAGGCCAUAAAUGUCCAACUAUAAUGUACCAGGCUUCAACUGAUGAUUGUGUAGCUUUAGAUGAUACAGGGCCUGCUGCACAAGAAAUGUGUACUGCGUUUGUGUCGUUUUAUCGUUUUGACCGAGGUGAUUUUCUCAGUCGUGGCUGUUGAUGAUGCCACGGCGUCGACGGGGUCACGCAACGCGAUUGACGGCCAAAGGAAACGACGAAAUGCCGCUGAGCGUGACGAGAACACCGUUGCACUUCUAAGUUCGGAGUUUUUCGUCGAGGAAAUUGUCAACACUUUUGGUUCAAAUGGAAACAUGAAUCAGGAGCAAUUGCAGGUUUUGCUACAACGAGUCGGCGCUGAGUGCUAUACGUCAUCAGGACUGUUGAGCAUUCAUUCCUCCAGUGAGGAGCAAUUACUGAAUGAUACAAUAGACGUUAUAAAGGCCAUAUGUCCAGCUAUAAUGUACCAGGCUUCAACUGAUGAUACAGGGCCUGCUCAAGAUACAGGACCUCCAACUACUGCACAAGUAUGGGGUUACGGAGUCCUCUUUGUAACAAUCAUAAACGCCAGUGCACUGAUGGGAGCUUGCAUCAUUCCCUGCUUGAAUAAGAAGAUGUAUAAGAUGGUACUGAACUACCUCAUUGGAUUGGCUAUUGGAACAUUGAGUGGUAAUGCACUGCUUUGUCUAAUACCAGAGACACAUGGAAUGCACGUCGGUACACAUGGACUGAACGUUGUCUGGAAGAAUACAACAAUCCUUGGUGGUAUUUAUCUAUUUUUCUUCGUUGAGCGUGUUCUGAAAAUGAUGUCACAGAGAAAAGAGUCCAACCACAAGCAGAAGCAUUUGCAAGCUGAUGACACAAUGCAUGUGACUGCUAUGCAUGAUUUAGAACCUCGUCAUGAUAUGUAUAAGAUCACAUCUGGAGACAGUGCGCUGGGUAUUAAUAAUGGCAUCAUCAACUCGGAUAAGGGCUUAGCAGCUACUGCUACAAAUCAGGUACAGAAUGGAACAUCUAAGCCCCAAAAUGAAGACGUACAUUUUCAUCUACCGAUGACAACAAAGUCAGGAAAGAUUCGCAUAGCAUCAGUGGCUUACAUGAUUAUAUUCGGUGAUGGUCUUCAUAACUUUGUGGAUGGAUUAGCGAUCGGAGUGUCAUUUUCUACGUCAGUCUUCCAGGGAAUCUCGACUUCCAUUGCUGUCGUUUGUGAAGAAAUCCCUCAUGAAUUAGGGGACUUUGCAAUUCUAAUCAAGUCUGGCAUGACAGUGAAGCAAGCUUUGACGUUCAACUUCCUAUCAGCGCUUACGUGUUAUGCGGGGCUGGUUGUUGGCAUUGUAGUUGGACAGCUGACGUCUGCUGAGCCGUAUAUAUUAGCUCUGGCCGGUGGAAUGUUUCUAUAUAUUUCUUUGGUUGAUAUGUUACCCGAGCUCAACGCUACCACUGAUCAAAAAGAGUUUAAUUUAAGAAACUCCUUGAAAACAUUUGCGAUCCAAAAUGCUGGUCUGCUGACUGGGUAUGGCAUUAUGAUUCUACUAAAUGUUUAUGAAGAACAAAUACAGAUCUCAUAAUGAGUGUGUACACUACUGUAUUGAACAACGCCAGAGAAUGGUGAGGCAAACUGCUGCAAGUAGACAACGAGUAUUUGAAAGGAAGAAGCACAAUUGGACAGUAUAUUAUAAUCCAGAUCAUUAUAAAGGGUCACAAAAGCUUUCAUCAUGGGUAACUAUUAUAUAAUUGAGUGGAAGAAGUUCUUAUUACGCUAAGUUAUUACGUGUUUGUUGCCCAAAUUCUGCCCUUGGGUGAGGGAGAAAAGUAAUAGUUAUUUAUAAUUUGAUAUUGAGCUUGGUGUGAUUUUGAAUCUAUUGUUGAUGUGUCGCCUUAAUUAACUCUGCACAAUAAAUAUUGACCCCGUGACACAACAACAUAAUAUGUAGCAUUGAUAAUGCUGCAUCAAACUAGUUAACUGUUCUUAGAAAUGUUGAAGGCUAGUUUUUUAAAGUAUGUUUAUUUAGUUAUGAUACCCAUUUUUACAAAACCCUACACGGGUUUGCUAUAGAGCACUCUGCUGCCAACCAUGAAUCUGAAUACCACCGCAAAACUCUUCUCAUAUUUAAAACUGAGUGGGUUCUUUGCGGCUGCACACCCCAUCUGAGGAAACGAAGCAAUGUAAUGAUGGUUUAAAGUGUCUUGACUGGGAUUCAAACAUCCAUUCUGCUGGACAGAAAUAAACACAGGAGCCUGAAGCCCAGUUCAUACUUCUUGCGAAUGCUUAUUGCGAUGCGCAUUUCACUGCGUCACAAAGGAAAAUUUAGCGCGUACCAAGUGUUGCGUCACCAAAAUUCACUUCACAAGUAUGAACCGGGCUUCAGUCUGUCGCAUUUGACUGCUCAUACCUUUCAAAUAACACCUUACUGUGACCUGUAUUGUAAGUAAAUCCAUCAAUUAGAGCAAAUCAUUUUGAUAUCGAAGCUGUUCAUUCAGUUGUGGCCACAUUAUAAUAAUGCCAUUUCACUGUUUCCAAGAAGUGUCUUAUGUUGGCAUGGGACAUCACAUUAAGUCUAGUUCAUCAAAAGAAAAGUCCAAUAAGAUGUCCCCAAAUCAGAAUGAAUGGUUCACUUUGGUGAAUUGUGGUCAAAACAAAGAGAAUUGACAUAAAACUCUCUUUGUGUUUAAAUGAAUCAUUAAUUAAUCUUUAAACAUUUACUUCAGCUACAAUCAGAAAAUGUUAUUUAAAAAUAGUUAUAGUUGUUGAAUGGGAGAAUUUAACUCAUUUUUAGGUUCCACUAUGAUGACAUCAUCAAGUGUGAUGUGACAAUUUAAAGAGGCAAAUUGUAUUAACAUUAACAGGUAAAAAUGCACAAUCAAGGUAAAUCUUUGCAUGUAUGCAAGCCAGGGUGUGUAACAUCAGAUAUUUAGGUUAUGUUUUCAUCAAAUGUCUCAUGACGCCACCUUAAAGGUGGAGCUUUAAAAGGAGUGGCUCUCUGUGUUUCUUUUGCAAAUGAACACUCAGCUUCCAGUUCAUUAAAAUGUUGUUUUUAUAUGGUCACAAGCACCAUUCUAUAUUUGAAGUAUUUAUUUUAUUGAACAUUUUAAAGGGUUUUGUUUUUAAAAUUUACUCUAAGAAUUUUGGUUUUUGAGGUUAUGUUUUUGUUAAUGUGUAGUGUUGUAUUUGCAUGGUUUUAAGCCUGUAACUGUAUACUCACACUUCACUUAUUAUUAUAGUUUCAUAUUCAGUUAUGAUUGAAAACAUCAGUUGGGUGAUAGUUGUUGUCAAUGCGAACGAUAUUUUGAUAUGCUCUAGUUAGGGGUGUAUUAUUUUUGUAUGUUUUAUUUGUAACGUAGGCCCCUAUUAUUAUUAUUUUAUUUUUAUUUUUAUUUAGUGCUAGUUUGUGGUCAUAGAAAUUGUGAUGAAACACAAUGCUAUUAUAUAGUUUCAGGAUAACAAACCACCUUUUUAAUCAACCACCAUUUUAUACCAAUAUGAGGCAAUCCAUUACACCACAUUCAGUUAAUGCUGUCUGGCCUAUGACCAUUAAAAUCAAUGUUUUAUUACCCACUAUGGUUUUUAAUGAACCUGAAAUAUUAUGAUAAUGUAGUGCAUGCAUCUACACAGUACAGCGUCAAUGAUAGUGCAUUAUGCACCCCGCAAUACACUACAGUUGUGCCAAUGUUUCAAUUGGUUGGUCAACUCACUGGAAAAUUAGACCAAAAGUAGGAGGGUUAAUAAAUGCUUGUAAACUGAGGAAUAAAUACCCUCAAUGUUAAGCUAAGCUAGCAAAAAAAUGAAGUAUUGUGUAAAGUUAAUGUAAAUGAAUUACUGACAUGUGAACAAAUAAAAAUAUUGGUUCUUUAUUGUUAAAGUGCAAACAAUAACAAAUGGUUCUAUGUUUUGAGCAAGUUUGAUUUUGUUUUGAUUCUGGCAAUCAAGAUAAGCCGAUUGAUUUGAGGGUCACCACACGCUGUUCUAGACUAUUUUGUCAGAUAUGAUUGAAUAAGCACCGAGAUUUCAAACUUGCUUUUUUUUAACCUUGUAUUUUUACAUUUCCUGUGUUAAGAUUAAACUAGUUGUUAGUAUUAUAUAUUCCUGCGUUUUCGAUCAAUCACCAAUUGAGCAAUAACAUAACUAUAAUAACAAUGUCAUGAUGUUAAAUUAGUUUAUUAUGCAACUUUCAAUUUUGUCAACUUUAUUAUAUUUCUUUUAAGUUGUUUUGAUACAUUGUGGUUCUGCAUGUCCUUUCUAAUUAUCUGCCCCCCCCCCCCACA